AUGACAACCCAGGCCGUCUCCUCUGGCUCUAACAUCGAUGACUACUUCCGCCUUUUCCUGGUGCCAAACAUGGGCCAUUGUUCCGGCUCGCAGCCGCCAGGAUCGGACGCCCCUUGGUAUUUCAGUGCUGCCAGUCAGAAUCCUGGACCUGCGAGGAGUGGAAUCACGAGCGGUGUGCCUAGCACUGAUACCGAGGGGAGACAAUAUGAAUAUGACGCGAUUCUGGCAUUGAUGCGGUGGGUCGAAGAAGGAAAGGCGCCUGAGAGAAUUGUUGCGACAAAGUUCAAAGGUGAUAAUAGCACGGAGGUGGUGAGGCGAGGUGUCAUUUGCAAAUGGCCUGAGAGAGCGGUCUGGAAGGGUAAAGACGACGAUGAUGCUGCGACAGAUGUUGAUGGAUGGGUCUGUGAAGCGUGA